AUAAAUACUCGAGUUAUAACAUACACCCGUGCUGAACUACUUGGCAUUCGUCGCGCGUCUCGCAGUUUUGUUUGUGGAUCAGUUCUCCAUGUUUUAAAGCUAAAUGGACUUCUGAGGUUUAGAGGAUGUCGAGCUGGCCGACGGAAGAUAUCUGUACGAAUAAGUCAUACUACUUGCCGUGAUAGAACCACUGCUCGCACUUCUGUUUUGGUUCCUAUUGUUCCUGAACAACGUUUUCGUAGUGGAAGCUAUUUAAAAUUCUGUAGUUUGAAUGCCAGGUCUGUGAGAAACAAAUCGGCGGACUUGGUUUCCUAUGUUGAAUCAUCUGGAGCUGAUAUUUUCGCAGUAACUGAGACAUGGCUCUCAGAAAUUUAUGAUGCGUGCAGAGCCGAAAUUACCCCACCCGGUUACAAGCUGUUUGAUCACACAGGAUCUGAUCGAUGUGGUGGUGGAACUGCUCUAUUGAUAAGAGAAAAUCUACAUGCAAGUCGUGUAGAUGCUGGUGAGCGUACUUCUUUUGAGUUUUCUCAUUGGAUGGUCGAGUUCCAGUCGCGAAAACUUCAGAUUGUUAUUAUUUACCGUCCACCCUACUCUAGUAACCAUCCUGUCACGACGAAUGCAUUUUUUGCUGAUUUUUCGAGUUUUUUGGAGAAUAUCAUAAUGUCAUCUGUACCGUUACUGAUAGCAGGUGAUUUUAAUAUCCAUGUAGAAGUUCCGGGGAAUGCAGACAGUGUUUGUUUAAAGGAGCUGCUUGAGUCAAUGGGCCUUCAACAACAUGUUAACGUGCCAACACACGAGUCAGGACACACCCUGGAUUUGAUCAUUACUCGA